GUGCAGCGAACCAGUCUUGCAGGAUGAGCACUGUGACUGAAGAAGCUAAGCCAGAAGAUGGCAAACCGGAGUCUGAAAAAAAAAUAUUUUAUUGUGAAGUUUGUAAAGUUCCAUGUAUGAGUUCUAUAAGUCUUCAGUCACACUAUCGUGGUGCAAAGCACAGAAAGGUCCUCCAGCUCCAGUCCGAACGCUGAGGAAGUAUGAAACACAGAGACCAGUGAAGAGAGGACUCAUAAAGGACAUAACCUGUCUGAAGGAUUUUAUGAAUGAUCCCAAAAGAGAAGAACCUCUAGUUGGUUUAGAACAUGUGAUUGAAAUCAGAUUUGAAGGAAGAAAAGAGCCACAUUAUGAGUGCAAGCUGUGUGGGUUUAAUACAGAGAUGGCACCUAUGAUAGAACAUCUUAGUGGUUAUAAACACAGAAGAGCAUACAUCUCUAAAGAAUUUCCAGAUAAAAUGAAGAGAAAGACAACAGAUGUAAAAGAAUGCAAAGUCUCAUUUCUCAGACGGAUAGCAGGAGAGCUAGAGAAGACUGAAGGAUUAAAAAUGUAUAAGAUUGAAGGUUACAUAAGACCAAGUACCUCACCCCCAUCAAAGAAGAAAGCAAGGUGGAAGGAUGAUUAUAAGCAUGAGAAUGAUCCUGUUCGGAAACAGAAAGCUUUAGAGUUCUUGGAGACUUUUCACAUCACCUCAGACUCAGAAGCAACACUUGUUGUUCAUAUUACUCAGGAACUCACAGAAGCUUUGAAGGCCUUUUGUGAAAAGAAAGCAGCAGUUAAUUAUACUAACAGUCUGAGGCCACUGAUGUCACUAUCUCAAGGUGAAUUUCCAGGAAGGAAAAGCAUCCCAAAACACUAUAAGCUAUAUGAAAAAUCCAAAGGAAAUUCUAACUGGAAUCAAGGUUUUUUGUCUCAGUAUGAAGAGUGUUCUGCAGAUGCUUCUUUUGCUCCUGCUAACUCAUACAGUUACCAAACAGAUGAUGGAGCAUCUUCCUAUGGACUAAGAUCUAAGGACUUUGCAAUGAUGUCUGCACUCAGGGACUCUUUCGCUUUUCAGACUGGAAGUCCUGCCAGUGGUAUCAGUGAAUGGCUGAGGCAGUUCAGCCGAUCUGCUUCUGGCAGUAAUUCAGCUGGUGGGGCCUCUUCCUAUGAGACAAAUCCAGUGAGUGAGUACUCGGUGGAAUAUAUGUCCAACAAUGUGCGAGGAAAUAAGCUCCCUGAUAACCGAAUCUCAUAUGGCGGGGAAAGUACAAGUUGGAGGAAUCAACAAGCAUGUUCAAAAGCAAGGAGUAUAAGUGAUCAAGGAUUACCCUAUCCCAAUUCUUCUGCCUCAUAUCCUUCAUCUGGAAGAUAUUCCACAAACUAUCCUUUGCAAAGCUAUUCCUCUUAUGAGAAUGAUGAGUGUGUGAAUACUUGUACCUCUUCUGCAAAUUCUGCAGUUUCAGGAAGAGGUGGUUCCAGAUGGAAUGAGGACUCCAGAUGGAAUGAGGACUCUAGGUGGAACCAGAGCUCUAGCUGGAGCAAGGAGUCUAGCUGGCACCAGGAAUCUAGGUGUCAAGGAUUCAGGCAUCAGAAGUCAGGCUACAAGAGUGAUUGGGGUUCACAUGAGUACUCGUUUGCUGGCAGCGGUUCGUACAGAGAUUACCAGCAAUUCAGAAGCUCAGAUAAGGUGCUUGAUGAAGAUGCUGUUGGUCUUAAUCCCAACAUUUUGAAUAGACUACGAGGAAAGGAUAUACCUACAAUGACCAGGAUGCUCAAACAGUUGGCUCCAUAUUAUCCAGCACUUCAAAAAGCAAAUAUUCAGACAUUAGUCAAUGUGAUAGUAGAGACUAGAGGAAAAGAUUAA